UAAAAUCCAGUGUGAAAGCACUCUAACAAAAUCCUUCUGAACAAACAAGGCCUUAUGAUGUUGGGCCAAUGGCCACAAUGUCCAAAGCUAUAACUCGUCUUCCUCCUCGCCGAGUUCAAGAAACCAACUCUCAAAGGUUUAACUUUACCUGUUAGGAGUUCAAGAGUUCAUUCGAGACUCGUCAUUCUCCAAUAGUCCAAUCUCUGCUGCAUCUCAAGUCUAGCUCUCUCUCGCAUCCCAGUGUUCUAGACCGCAACUCCAGCCGUCCAUCGAAGACAAUCUCUAGCGACUCAGGUCUCAGGUAGUGAGCCCAUCAUGGACACAGCUAAUCAUUGAGGGAGAUAUAGCUUUUCUUAUCAAAUGAGAAGGUCAAGUUCCUUGGCGAUGGUCUCAUCUCAUAAGGAUAACAGGAUUUUGUGUGACCAGGGGGAAUAUCUCAUUCUCAAGAAGGUCGAUUUGCUUGCAAAAUCUGGGUAGAUAGGGCUACAAACAAUCGACAGGAGCCUCUUGGACUAGUGCAUACUAAGUCUGCUUUAACCUUAUAACAGUGCUGCUGCUUUUGCUUCUGAUGUCUUAAUUUCAAAAGUAUGGUCACCACAUUGACAAGUCGUUGCCGCUUUAAGAUGUUAUCAAUGGUGAGAAGAUUCCUUGUGUGACUUUGUGGGAAACUACAAAUCAUGCUUGUCUUCAUCCGGAUUCCUGCAUUCCUUGAGUCUGACUAUUUUAUCAAAUAUUGUUUGCUCCCGUUAUUGUUAUCUUGAAUGCUGGGUGCACAACUGUGUUUCCAGUUUCAGUUUUUUAUGCCAGCACCAGAAGGGUCCCACUAUCAGGCAACAAGUUUUUAGAUUCAGAGAUGGUAUAUUUGAAUACAAAGAUCCCACCUUAUAUCACUUCUUUCUCCCUUAACUGGUGUUAAAUGUCUCUCUCAUGCACCACGUGUGCUCAUUAUUGUUUGCUCAUUCUGCAACUUAUAGCUUCUCUCUCUCCUCAUUCUCCAUGGAGAGAAGCAAAGAGAAGGAGAAUACCCCCACAAAGAUCUUUCUAACUUCACUGUCCGCUAUGGUUGCUGAGACGACUACCUUCCCCAUAGAUAUCACAAAGACGAGGCUCCAGCUUCAUGGUGAAUCACUUUCUUCAACUAGGCCAACUAAUGCAUUCCAAGUGGCAUUUGAGAUAGUUCAGAGAGAAGGCAUGCUGGGUCUCUAUAAGGGCCUCUCCCCUGCAAUCCUUCGACAUCUCUUCUAUACACCAAUCCGAAUUGUUGGGUAUGAACACUUAAGAGAGGCCUUCCCAAGUGUUUCUUUUUCCCUCGUUGGCAAGGCCUUCAUCGGAGGUCUCUCUGGCAUGAUUGCUCAGGUUGUGGCUAGUCCUGCUGACCUUGUAAAGGUCAGAAUGCAAGCAGAUGGUCUGCUGGUGAGGCUGGGUCUGCAACCAAGGUACACUGGUCCAUUUGAUGCCAUAAACAAGAUUGUUCACACAGAAGGUAUUGGGGGGCUUUGGAGAGGGGUUCUUCCAAAUGUGCAGAGAGCAUUCUUAGUCAACAUGGGGGAGUUGGCCUGCUACGAUCAUGCGAAGCGUUUUAUAAUCCAGAAUCAGAUUUGCGAGGAUGGUGUUUAUGCUCACUCCUUAGCUUCUAUCAUGUCAGGUCUUUCAGCUACUGCUUUGAGCUGUCCUGCAGAUGUUGUGAAGACAAGAAUGAUGAACCAAGUUUCGACUAAGGAAGCUAAGAUCAUAUAUAAGAGCUCCUAUGAUUGUUUGGUGAAGACAGUGAGAAUUGAAGGUUUACGUGCGUUGUGGAAAGGGUUCUUUCCCACAUGGGCAAGGCUUGGUCCUUGGCAGUUUGUUUUUUGGGUUUCUUAUGAGAAGUUCAGGUACAUGGCGGGGCUUUCUUCUUUUUGAUAGAGUUUUUUUCUAUACAUCUGCUAGAAGUUAAAUAUCAUUCGAAAUGCCAUUGCUGACUGAUUCAAUCCAGUCUGCUCAUUUCAUUUAAGACUUUAUAAUCACUGUCAUUUCUUCAAUCAUUGUUACAAACUAAUAAAUAACUCCAAGUUUCAUUCAAAUC